CUGUGAUGUAAUUAUUUAAAUAUUUAUUAUAUCUAAUGAUUAAGGAGUAUGACUAUUUGUUUAAGUUGGUGAUUGUGGGCAACUCAGGAGUGGGGAAGUCGUCCUUGCUAUUGCGAUUUUCAGAUGACACUUUUAGUGAUUCCUAUUUAACUACAAUUGGAGUGGACUUCAGAUUUAAGACUUUAGAAAUUGAUGGCAAGAAAGUAAAGUUGUAAAUCUGGGACACAGCAGGACAGGAAAGGUUCCGAACAAUAACCAGUGCAUAUUAUAAGGUAUAUGAUGAAUUUGAUGGAAGGGUGCUGAUGGGAUUGUGAUGGUGUAUGAUGUGUCCUCACUUGCAUCAUUUGAAGAUAUUGAUAGAUUUUGGAUUAAUGAGGUAGAUUCAUAUGCGGAGAAGAAUGUAGAGUUACUGUUGUUGGGAAACAAGAGCGAUAUCGAAGAUAAAGCGUAAGAUUAUGCUAUUACUAUGUCAGUGUCACCACACAAAAGGCUCUAGAUUAUGCAGCCACACGAAGGAUGGCGCAUAUGGAAGCAAGUGCCAAGACUGCCGAUUAGGUAUCCAAGGCUUUCAUUUAACUUGCAAAGAAACUGAUUGCCAAAAAGGAUUCUCAAGGACAGAAAGGUUAGGGGUAAUAAUAUUAUUAAUUCAUUUAAAAAGCCCUUAGAGAAGUCAACAAACUCCAGGUUAGAAAAUUAGCCAACAAGCAGAAGAUAGCAAAAAGGACAAGGAAAAGUGUUGUUGAAUAUAUUAAUAUUGAGUUUUUACUAAUCAC